UGAUGCGUACAGAGUAGGAGAAAAAUCAGAUGAAUAGCAAACCCCAAAACUGCUUUGACCAGCCGCUUAACAGCAUUCAUUCUCCUCUGCCUCCAGUUUUGUUUGUUUAAUCACCCUAAAUAAGAAACAAUGAAGAAAUGAAUGCGUCUCUCCAAGUGUCAGAGAUGAAAAUUAAGUAUCUCUGAUAGACGGCAGGGUUCAGAGUUAUUUUGAAAACCACAAGAGUGUAUAAGAUUUAGGUAUACCUCGGGGGAAAUAUGCCAAAGCCUAGGGCUGAAAAUUAUUCCAUUAUAUACCGUUCAAGGUUCUCCCCAUGGUUGGAUUGAAAUUUUGAAAGCUCACAAGCUGACCUGCUAUUAGUAAGUUAGGAUCUGCUGUCUGCUCUUACUCAAGAAGAGUGGAAGUACAAAGAGAUAGGGACCCAGGAUUUAUCAGUAACUAUUUGCUAUUAUCAGGCUAGCUUUCAAAUUUAUUGAUAACGCCCUUGGGGAUGUCUCGGUUUACUGCAUUUGAUCAGCUGGAAGAAGAUACUGAGUUUCCCACAACCAAUGAAACACAUACGCGCCGUGGACAGAAAAUCAAUCAAAUUGGGAAACAACAUGCUCAAUUUCAAGUACUUAAUCAACAUCAUGACAAUGAGAUGGUGAAUCCAAAUUUUCAGAUCUCAUCAAGUACUAAACGAAGAAAGUUGAAAUCCAAGGUUUGGAAUGACUUUGCUUUGGAUGAAAAAGAUGGAAAGGAAUGGGCUAUUUGUAAUCAUUGUAGGAAAAAGUUUGUAGGUUCAGGAAAGAGUGGAACCACACAUUUGAAAAAUCAUUUAGAAACCUGUCGAGGUAAAAACAAAUUGGUUGAAGGUGCAGGUACAUCAACUAAAACAAGUGAUUCAACUACUUCUGUAGUUGUCAAAGAAAAAUCUGUGAUUGAUAAGGAAUUGAAUCCCUUGGAUGUGGCACGAGUUAUAAUUAAAUAUGGGUUUUCUUCAUUAAACGCUAUAAAGAUUGACAUACUUCAUGUUUACAAAGAAGAAAAGGAAAAACUUAUUCGAUAUAUUGAUAAACUCCCUUGUAGGUUUAAUUUAAAAAUUGAGUGGUUUCAUAAAGGUUACUUUUUUAUAGUACUCCAAUUUAUUGAUGAUAGUUGGGAACUGAAGAAGAAGAUUAUUGAUUUCCAACGGGCAAAAGGUUUUGUAGAAAUUCUUAAAUGUUCUCUUUUGGAAUGGAACAUUGACAAGAAAAUAUGCUCUACAGUUGCAGAUGUUGGUGGAGAGUCUGAUGCAGUUAUUUCAGAGAUAGACAACUGGCUUUCUAAACGAGGUUCACUUCCUUUCAUUGGGCAAUUUUUCCCGAUUGAUUGUUUAGUAUAUUCUCUUCAACAUUAUAUUAGGAAUGGAGGAAAGUGGAUAUGUGAUGUGCUUAAAAAGAUGAAGCAUUGCUUUGACUUUGCUCGUAAGACUUCAUCAAAUGAACGUAUGUUUCAAACUCCGACAGAGGAAUUCAAGUUGUUGGAAUGUGCAUUGGAGUUGAAAAACACAUUUUGUGAGCUAGAGCGUAAGGACCCUGAUUUUAAGUUAAUAAACUUGUCAACGGAGGAAUGGGAUAAAGCUAGUGUGGUAUGUGAAUACUGGAAAUUGUUGAAAGAUGCUACUGGUAUGUUGUAUGAGAGUAAAUAUACUACUGCAAACGUGUAUUUCCCUAUAGUUUGUGACAUAUAUAUGCAUUUGCUUCAAUGGGAAAAAAGUGACAAGAAUCACAUCUGCGAAGUGGCAUCAAGUAUGAGAGAGGGUUGUUUUGACAAAUAUUGGAGGAAAUGUAACUUGGUUCUAGUAGUCACGACAGUUCUUGACCCACGAUUCAAAAUGGAUAUUGUAGUACUUUGGUACAAAGAGAUUUAUGGUAGUGAUGCUGAAGAACACCUCAACAAUAUCAGGGAAGAUCUUACCAAUGUUUUCAAUAUAUACGCCAAUCGCUUGGUGAAGAGCAAAUCAUCUAUUUUAGGAAAUGGUGCUGUUAAUUCUUCAUCGUUAUGUAAAAUGCUAGAUGCGAUGGGGAGGCUAGAAACAUCUUCACACCAUGUUGAUGAUAUUGCAGCACCAAUAUUUGAACUUGAUCGCUAUUUGAAAGAUUCAAAAUUUCCUUUAGUUGAAGAAUUUGAUGUACUAGCUUGGUGGCGUAUCAACUCUCCAAAUUUUCCAACACUUGCAAUGAUGGCGCUUGAUUUUUUAUCUAUACCUGUUUCUUCCUGUGUUGCUUCUCUAAAAAAUGAUUCGGUGACUGAAAUUGAAAAUAUUAUUGAUCAGAAAGGUUUGGGUGCUGAAAUCAAACAAGCUUUAAUAUGUUCAAAAAUCUGGUUGCACAGCUCUGAAGAUAAAUAACUUUCUCUAGCUGUUCACACAAUAACACCGACAACUUAAGAGUUUGCAUAUAAACAGGCUCACUUAUAAGGAAGCUAGAAUCAUUUCUGAUUCAAAGCAGAUUGGGAAGAGCUAGAAAGAGGCAGCUUGGACCAAUGUCUAUUUGAAUUUUGAUCCACUGUGAAGCAUUUACUCAGGCUAGAACUUUUCCUGUGCCAUCAUCUUGGCUUGAUUGAAGCUUUCGACUUCCAAUAUCAGCUGGAGCUCUGAAAUCAAUGCAAUGAUAUCCUUUGAUAUGAUUAAACCUAAGUACAUGCGAUACAAUCUGGAUUUUCCAAGAUUGAUGGAAUAGUAUCAGUCGAUUUGAUUAACCCCAACAAUGAUGAUGAAGCAGAAACAUUUCAUGCCAAUGGACAGAAAGGCUUAGAUGCUGAAAUCAUACAAGCUUUAUUAUGUUAAAAAAUCUGGUUGCACAGCUCUGAAGAUAAAUGAGUUUCUCUUGGUUGUUCACACAUUAACACCGACAACCUAAGAGUUUGCAUAUAAUCAGGCUCACUUAUGGGGAAGCUGGAAUCAUUUCUGAUUCAAAGCAGGAUGGGAAGAGCAAGAAAGAGGCAGCUUGGCCAAUGUCUAUUUGAUCCACUGUGAAGCAUCUGUUUAGGCAAUGACUAUAUUUAUGCAUUAGCAGCUCUGGCUAGAACUUUCAAUACUGCCUGUGCCAACAUCUGGGCUUGAUUGAAGCGUUCAAUUACCAAUAUCAGCUGGAGUUCCGAAAUCAAUGCAAUGAUAUCUUUUGAUAUGAUUAACCUGAGUACAUUCAAUACAAUCUGGAUUAUCCAAGAUCGAUGGAACAGUAUCAUUCAGUUUUGUUAACCCCAACAAUGAUGAUGAAGCAGAAAUAUUUCAUGCUAAUGGACAAGCUAGAACUUUCAAUACUGCCUGUGCCAUCAUCUGGGCUUGAUUGAAGCGUUCGAUUACCAAUAUCACCUGGAGUUCUGAAGUUAUGCAAUGAUAUCCUUUGAUAUGAUUAACCUAAGUACAUCAGAUACAAUCUGGACUAUCCAAGAUCGAUGGAACAGUAUCAUUCAGUUUGAUUAACCCCAACCAUGAUGAAGCAGAAACAUUUCAUGCUAAUGGACAGAAACUGAAGAAUAGCCUGCUGCCACAAUCAAUUGCGUUGAAGGAUUGCGAUCCCGGUGACUGUAUUUGUCUUUGCAAAGUGUCAACAAGCUUAUGGGAAUGUAGUAACAAAAGGAUUGUGUGGCGGUGCAUGUAUUUGUCUUUGUUUUAAAUAUUGCUGAAUAAUUUUAGGGUAAUUUUACAAAUACUCAAGAUUUUGUAUUCCAACAACACGUUGAAAGUGUUAGAUGGAUAGUUAGUUUAACUGCAGUUAGUAACGAAGUUAGAUGGAUAGUUAGUUUAACUGUAGUUAGUAAAGAAGGAAGGUAGCUAAAGUUUGGUUAGCUAAGUUGAGUUAGUUCUGUAUAUAUAUUUAAUGCUGUUGUUGUUAAUAAAGAAUUAGA